UCUUGUGGUUGUAGCAUUCAACUUCAUCUUUACAUAUUUCAGUCUGUCUACCUUUUGUUUCCUUUGUACAACUUCUAUAUAAGAGAUAUUUUCAAAAUUUUAUUCUACAUCGUAUGUGACUACCCUCGUCUUUUUGCACGGUUUCAGGUUAUGGCCGGUGUCAACUUAUGGUCCGUGUUGCUUACCGUCGUUCCCAUGAUUUAUCAGAAUGUUUUGCACUCGUCCGUGCUAUUCGGCCUAGCACAUCCGGAAUUCAUCGCGGACGUGGCCGCCUCAGCCACUUGCUCUGCUGUGGGCCAGUUGUUCAUAUUCCUCACAAUUUCCCAAUUCGGCCCGGCCACCUUUGUCUUAAUCAUGACUCUACGCAUGGGCUUGUCUCUCCUUUUGUCCUGUAUCCUAUUCGGUCACUCAUUGUCCGCCAGUGGUAUUCUGGGUGUGUCACUAGUGUUUGUGGCAUUGUUCGCCCGUAUGUACUGGCGGCGAUCUGGUGUAAAGCAGGGACCAAAUACAACUGCGAGCAAGUGA